CCUCGCAGCCCACCCCGUCCAGUCCCUCCCUCCAGAUGACCAGCGAGAGCGGGCAGCCGCCGCCGGAGCCCCCGCUGCCUCUCCGCCCCUGCAGCCCGGCUCGCGGAGCUCUCCAGGCCGUCUUGAUGAGCCAGCCGCCCGCCGCCUCCGCCCUGGAGUCGUCGUCGUCGUCUUCCUCCGCGUCCUCAUCGUCGUCGUCGUCGUCGUCCUCGUCCAAGGGCAAGAAGGCCAGCUCGGGGCUGCGGCGGCCGGAGAAGCCCCCCUACUCCUACAUCGCGCUCAUCGUCAUGGCCAUCCAGAGCUCGCCCUCCAAGCGCCUGACGCUGAGCGAGAUCUACCAGUUCCUGCAGGCGCGCUUCCCCUUCUUCCGCGGCUCCUACCAGGGCUGGAAGAACUCGGUGCGCCACAACCUCUCGCUCAACGAGUGCUUCAUCAAGCUGCCCAAGGGGCUGGGCCGCCCGGGCAAGGGCCACUACUGGACCAUCGACCCGGCCAGCGAGUUCAUGUUCGAGGAGGGCUCGUUCCGCCGCCGCCCGCGGGGCUUCAGGAGGAAAUGCCAGGCGCUGAAGCCCAUGUACAGCAUGAUGAACGGCCUGGGCUUCAACCACCUGCCCGACGGCUACGGCUUCCAGGGCUCGGCCGGCGCCAUCUCCUGCCCGCCCAACAGCCUGGCGCUGGAGGGCGGCUUGGGCAUGAUGAACGGGCACCUGCCGGCCAACGUGGACAGCAUGGGGCUGGCGGGACACUCCGUGCCCCACCUGCCCGCCAACGCCGCCCACUCCUACAUGGGCAGCUCGGCCGGCGCCGACUACCCGCACCCCGACGGCUCGGUGCCCGCCUCGCCCCUGCUGGCGGGCGGCGGGGUGAUGGAGCCGCACUCGGUCUACUCCAGCUCGGCCCCCGCCUGGGCGCCCCCCGCCUCGGCCGCCCUCAACAGCGGCGCCUCCUACAUCAAGCAGCAGCCGCUGUCGCCCUGCAACCCCGCGGCCAACGCGCUCCCCUCCGGCCUGUCCACGCACUCCCUGGACCAGAGCUACCUGCACCAGAACAGCCACAACGCCGCCGCCGAGCUGCAAGGAAUCCCGCGCUACCACUCCCAGUCCCCCAGCAUGUGCGACAGGAAGGAAUUCGUCUUCUCCUUCAACGCCAUGGCCUCCUCCUCCAUGCACUCGGCAGGGAGCGGAUCCUACUACCACCAGCAAGUGACUUACCAAGACAUCAAGCCCUGCGUGAUGUGAUCCGGGGACCACCCCGCACCGCCGGGCCCAGGACCCAGCCGCGCCUCCCCAGGCCCGCGAGCCGCUCUCCAAGCCAGCUACAGACUGCCCCGAGGUCCUUGCUCAUGAGGUAUAUCGCAGCCACCGGCACAAGGGGACCCGCUGAAUGAACUGACCCCCACCCCUACCCCCGGGGGCUCUGGGGAGCCGGGUGUUGCCUCCCUUCCCGGGGCCGAGCACGGCAGAUUCACGUGCCCGGAGCUCUUCUUCCCCCUCUCUAACGCGAUUAGGGAGAAAAAGCAACAGGCCCCCGGCCCGUUUUGCAAAACUGUUUUAUCCGAGCCUGACCCUGCUCGGGGAAGGGGUAGGGUGAUCCCGCCGCCCCGCUGAAGCCUGGAGGGGGAGGGGGUGGGAGCUCACAAAGCUCCUCCAGGACCCAGAGGAGACCCCUGGCCCACCUCCCCUUGCCUUUGCCAAAGGAAAGUUUUCCUUCUCGGUGCCUGGGAGGAAGGAUCAAUCAUCCACCCAGCCAAGUCCAGGGCAGUUUGCAGGGACAUCACUCCCCCUCCCCCUCCUUUGUCGUCUGUCCCCCCAACUCCUGCUGCGUGUCAGAUGCGCCCCUGUGCCACUGAGGGGCUGGGCGAAGAAACGUCUCUUCCCACUGACUUUCUCCUAGUUUCACUUCUAUGCCCUGAUUUAGCCAAGGGGAAAACAAAAAAUCUCCUUUUAUAUUUUUUCCCUCUGCAAGUAAGGCAAAAAGAAAACCUCCCCGAGGGAGUUGUGUUGUUGCCUGCAUAACGCCCCUAUGCAGAGAGAAUAAGGCACUUUGAAAAAAGAAAGAAAGACAAGAAAAUAGGGGGAAAAAAGCAAAAAAAAAAAAGCAAGGCUCAUCCUGUUAUUUAUUUUUUACUUGUUUCUGAUUCCUAAUGAACGAGACACCAGUAGCCUCAGCUGAUCAGUAUUAAAGUGGUGUAACUUUGUUGGCAAUAUUUGCCAUAUAGAUUUUUUUUUUUAGUUAACCAUUGUAAAUUUAAAACAACGCCGAUCUGUGUAAAGACAAUCCUCCAUAUGUUUUAUAUAAAUAUAUAUAUAAUGAAGGACUAUUUUCCCACUGCCCUCACCCCCCCAUCCUCCUCCUCUCCCCCACUUUUUUUUUGGCCUGACUUUGUACAGACUGGUGACACCUAUUUUAAUUUCCUUCUGCACUGUAUAAAAUUGUAAUUACGGGGAGUUUUUUUUUGCCCCUUUGUACGUUUUGUCCUUAAAAAAAAAAUCGAACCCAAAUAAAACAUGUAUGUUAUUUGUA